GCUUUAAUAGUGUCUGAUAAUAAUACUGGAGAGAAUUUAUCGUCUGCUACAGCAGCAUUAAUGUCUCAACCACCGCCUCCUCAUUUUUGCAGUACUGUUGUUCUGCUCAUUGCUCUACAAGUCAUCAAUACUGGGGAUAGUUACUCCUUAGAGCAAAUGUGCGGAGGCAGCGCUAUAUUCCCGACGGCGGAAAAGACCGAAAACAUGUUGAUGAAUUUAUUUAUGCCGCUAUGUAUGCGAGUCGGGAGUGGCAGAAAAGACGUUCCUCCCCUACGCCAGUCAGACGUCAGUUACCUGGUAUCAGUAGUGUUAAACGCGUUAUGCCCGCCGGCGCCACCCGGCCAAGUGGCGGCGGUCAACGCCAAGCUCAACGCGGCUGAUGCGCGCGCCAACUCUCUCACCUUCACUGGCAGCCGCGACACCAGGAACACUACCAGACUCUCCAAUCAGCUGUAUAGGAUUGCGUUCUUGGCUCUGAAGGUAGUGUGCGCGUGUUUCUCGAGCGAGCUGUGCGGCGAGUGGGGCCGCAUCGCGCGCGCCAUGCGUGAGCUCGGCCGCCGCAACGAGGCCGCGCACCACCUGUGGGACUUCCUCGAACACGUCGUUACCUACCGCACGCCGCUCUAUAUACUGUUACAGCCGUUUAUUGUCCAUAAGUUGUCCCAACCACCAAUCGGCGACAACGAGCGGCACAUGCAGUUCGUGGUGCGUGAGCGUGUGCGCGGACUGAAGCUGCCCGCCGCCAGAGCUCGCGGCGCACUGCUCACCGACCUGGCGCGGGAGCUACGCUCGCUGCGGGACACUCACGACCAGUGCAAAUACGACCAAAUCUCGGAAAACCUGGGUCAGGCCGGUGGGAAACGUUCGUCCGAAGUGUUCCCUCGCCCUUCGAACGUACAAGACAAACACCAACAGCACAGGCCGUCGCUAAUAUCCAUGCUAGUGGGUCGCGCUGGCGCAGGUGGUAUCCCACGCACCCCCGACCAUCCCUCCGCACCUCUUACUGCCCAGAGAGAAUCUCUGUCGAGUAGUUCUACAACGAGCCAGCAAUUGCCGCUAUUCGAAAUUGGUUUGAACAACAACGGUCGGCAAAGCGAUCACUGUAAUAAUAAUACAAACAAUGGCAACUCUAACGUCGGAUCUGUAAACAAUUACGGGAUUGACUCGAAACCGCCUGUUAGCACCCCGUCGUAUGUUAGUGCUCAAACAAAACUGCGCUUCGUGCCCUCUGUAGAGUUCAAGUUCACAUCAGGUGAAACAUCCAUGACUCCAUUAUCGCCAAUGUCGCCUGAUUCGCGUGUGAGCGGCACUAGUCCUGGGGGCAUGUGCGCGGGGAUGGAGGAGGCCCGCACCGACAGUCCCGAUGGUGAUAAGCCGCGACUGCAGCGAGCACACGGACCUUCCAAGAAGACCUUCAAGUUCCGACGCAGCCGGCAUGCGAAGCCUGAGCCGUCGCUGGCUCGGUUCGAGUCGGAUUCGGGGUCGUCGCCGGGCGCGGACAGCACGCCGCUCCGGCGCGCGUGGUCGCAACCACCAUUCCUGCUACCAGCCGCUACCAACACCGACACCUCCUACGACAGCGAAAUCUCGCAGACCUCCUCCACCUCGGGAUACAGGCUAGCAUUACUGCCGCGCCAAGAGAGCUACAGCCUGCAGGUGUCGAUGACGGAGUCACAAGGUGGCGCGGCGGAACGCUCCCCGAGCGCAACCCCGCACGCCAGCCCCGACGCCUCUCUAAGCUGCGAGUCUGGCACAUCUUCGGCCGAGCGUACUGCACUGCUCGGCGCGGCCAGUCAGCGAUCACUUUUACUUAGUAGCGAUUUACGUGAUGAAGAUACACUCCUUUAAUUUCAUAGAAAUUAAAAUAUUGUUAGAAAAAUACGCCAAAAUAGUAUGAAUGUUAAAUACUUUAAGAAUUUCUUAGUUUACAGUAAAUGUUAAUGCAUACAUCUACUUUAGUGUGAAAUACUUUAAGUUUAGUACACUAAUUUACUUAUGAUUAUUAAGUAAAUUUUAUGUUUUACCAAUUAAAAUCUAUUUAAGUAUCUAUGUGAUAUGGAAAUUCGAAAUAUAGGGAUUUACU